AUGGCGCGGGCGAGCUCCGGCUCCAUCGGCUCGGCCCCAGCGGCGCCCUCAGGCCGUAGUGAAACAAAGACGCACUCCAAACUCUGCACUCGCGGGAUGGAGCUUGGCCUCGCGCUCCGGCUCGUCGCGCCGCCGUGUCUCUCCCGUAGAGCUGUUGCCCUUCCACCGGAUUUCAUUUCCCCGUGUGUGCUUCGAGGAAGACGCGUCCGCACCACGAGACUGAAGAAGCAUGGAGUUGGGGCUGUGUGCAAUGCGGUUAUGACAUAUUCAGGAGUGGAACAGGAGAUGGUGGAAGAACAAGUGGAGGAGGAGGAGGUUGGACCGGCGGUGAGCACGAGGCCGCGCCUGGAGCUCAUCGAGAAGCCGGACCGGAGCCUGGCGCUGCUGGAUGAGUACGAGUCGGAGGAAUUGGGCACCUCUCUUUGCGCCAAUCACCGCAGCGAUAAACUGCAAACGACAAGACAUUGCAUUCUUGGUAUAUGUUCUGAACCAGAGUACCAGAUUAUACUUUAUGACACUCCUGGUGUUAUUAAAAAGGAGAUGCAUAAGCUGGACAGUAUGAUGAUGAAGAAUGUUAGGAGCGCUAUUGGCAGUGCUGACUGUGUGCUUGUUGUUGCUGAUGCUUGCAAAGCACCUGAAAAGAUUGAUGAAAUGCUUGAAGAAGGUGUGGGAAACAAAGAUGUUGGACCUCCUGUACUGCUGGUAUUGAACAAGAAAGAUCUCAUAAAACCAGGAGAAAUUGCAGAGAAACUUGAGGUUAAUGUUGUCAGUUACAAAAGUAGGCCUAGUGCCAAGGACUUCAUUCAAGUUGAGAUACUUGUUGAGAAAGAAUCACAAAGAAGCAUUAUACUAGGAAAGGAUGGCAAAGCCAUAAAGAUGUUGGUAACCGCAUCAAGGCUUGACAUUGAGGAUUUCCUACAAAAGAAAGUCUACCUUGAGAUAGAGGUCAAAGUGAAGGAGAACUGGCGGCAACACGAGCGACUUCUGAAGCGGUAUGGCUACGGCGGCGAGAUUCAAGCACUGUGA